AUGGAGGCCAAGAGGAUACUGCAGCAGCGAGUGCGUCGCCGACUACAAACAGUGACAGCUUUGAAGUCCCUGAGUGAGAAGUCGAAGUCAAUACCGGAUGUUGACUUCACUCUGGCGACGGAAAGGAACAAUGGUAUUGCAUUUUUCCUGGGAACGGACAUCGCGAGUGAAAGUGAAGCGAGAGCAAAAGAAGACGUGCGAGAGAGAGAGGAAUUCGAGAAUGCCACCUGGAAAAUUUCGAGAUACCUGAAGGCUCAACCGAACAUCAAGAUCUCAGAUAGUGCCAGAAGCCUUGUUGUGACGGAGAGGCACAAAUUCGGCGAACGUCAGAAGCGGAUGCCGCCCAGGAGCGGGAACGCUUAUCACGCUAACAGGAUAAGCCAAGACGUUGUGGCGGAAGAGUCGGACGAUUCUAGAAGGGAUGUUAAUCUGCUGGAUGGUCUCGAGUCUCCCGCCAUGAAGCUAGAGCCUCUCAAAGAUGAGUGGCGCCUUCAAGACGAUAUCGGCACUAAAGACCGCUUCAGCGUGAUGGCCCUCAGAGGACGGCAUCGAGCUCCCAUGAAAGAAAGUACGACUCUGGUCCCACUCUACUCGAAAGAAUACCAAACGAGAGGCGCUGCCGACGACCGAGAAGAGUUCGACGAUAUCGAGUCAUUCCAAUUCGCUCAGAAUACUGUCAUGGAUAAGCUCAGAGAGUUGGUGGCCGAGCAGAGGCAGAGCGUUCAGCACCACACCACGUUGGAGAGUAUUUUGAUCGAGGAGAAAGCCCCCGGCAUAGCGGUGAUGGGUAUCGGAAUGCUCAAAUUCACUCUUCCGAGAAGACCUCUCCGGCCGCGGCGGAAGGAGCGCAAAAAAGUCAUGACGGCCUCCGUCAUACAGCGGCAAUCGGAAUUCGCCGAAGCCGAUCUCAUUGUCACCGUACUGCGAGCGACGAACGUGCCCAUCCGGUCCGAUGUUGACCGCAGGGUCUCGAGUCCAAGCAGCGCGUUCCAGAGCCACGCACAGAUUCAAGACAGCAUUAUACAAGUGCGACCCUUCGUCGAGGUCAGCUUCCAACAGAACACGAGAGCCACAUUCAUCUCUGAUGGUCCGAACCCUACUUGGAACCAGCAACUGACAUUACCCAUUCGUAACGAUACCUUCCAGGGAGACAAUCGAGACUUAAUCUACUUAAACAUUUGCGAUCAAGUGGUCAUCGACCUACAUGACGAAGACGACAAAGACCACAUCCAUCAGAUUCUCGAACGCAGGUGGUUGGGUACAUUAGCCAUCCCGUUUUCCACCGUUUAUCUGAAUUCGAAGAUCGAGGGCACCUUCCGCAUAGAAAGCCCUCCCAUUCUUUUUGGCUAUGAAUACGAAUCGAAACAAUGGCCACAAAGUAUCGAGCAGAAUAACUUCAUUCUUCUUUCGCUGUUCAUGACCAUUGAACCCCCUCUCCAACUGCCGAAAAUGAUUUUCGAGAAACUCCCUCCUGGGGAGCCCGAGCCCAUCCUUACCCGGUGCUCGAGGUACGAGAGCUCCCUGAAACAAAAAUUCCCAUCGCGAGAGAUCCGGGCUCUUACGGCCAGCAUCGACGGGAAGAUGGUGCUGGUGACCAGGUUCAUCCACCCGAUUAUGCCUCCGAGAGACUUGCUCUUCGACAUGGAGGCUCUUCCAAUGAAAAUGGAGCGACUGGCGAGAUUCGUUUCUCUGAUCCCCACGGUUUCCGACAGCAUCCUGUUCCCGGGAAUCUGCGAUAUUUGGACUACUUGCGAACAGUUUCUGCAAGUGCUCGUUGGGGACGAGGAAGAGCACGCUCUGCUGCUGUGUAAUUAUUUUCUGUACCUCGGAGUCAAUGCGUACAUCCUGCUUGGCAAUGGCAUACCCGAAGGAUCGACAUCUUAUGUGAUCACAUUCAAUAACUCGGCUGGCGGAGUCGAAGACCGGAUUUGGAAUGCCGUCACAGGCAAGAGCUUCUCGCUUUCGGACGUGAACUCGCCUCUGCAGAGCGUCGGCUGCAUCAUCAGCAAAGACAAUGUUUGGGCGAAUAUCCAGGAGGAUGAGAGACCGUGUCGGGUGCAGUUCGCUCUCGGGAAGUCUAAUUUAUGGAGACCCUUAUUCAGGAGUGACAGCAACCUUCAGCUGCACACCAUCCAAUCUGACAGCAUCGAGUACUCUUCGCCGGAUAAGCAUUUCGCCUCGAAGCUAGAGAGUGCGCUAGAAACUCAUCUUCGAGAGUCGAUCAUGCGUUGGCGGCGGCAGGACCGGACCAUCUGGAACAGACACCAUUGCAGGCUUCUCCGGACUAUGCUGCCGAAGUUCGAGGAGCACCUUCAGCGGAAAGAUACCAUUGGCGCCGAAAAUCUUCUAGACGCCAUGUCGUCUCAUAAAGUUAGCGGUUUCCCCCUGUCGAUGACCUUCGUCAGCCUGAAGGCCGUGACGGAUGCGGUGAAGGCCACCGGCGUUCAUCUGACUCGACAAGACGGAACCGAGUUUGCGUUGGCGGUCUACGUGCACGCGUAUCCGUCGCAAGUAUUCGCAGUCUGGGUUUACGUCGCAACCAUAGCCCUGCGCGAAUACUAG